AUACAUAUAUCUUCUCACAUUAUAUCGAAUCAAUCACACCAAGAAAACAAAGAUCAAAGAUGGAGACCAACAAACGACCAAUGCUCUAUACGUCUCUCCUUCUUUCAGUGCUCUUUUUAUCAUUUACAACAUCCGUUUUAUGUCAAGAAGUUGAUGAUGAGAGAGAAUUUGAUUACAUAAGAGGGAGUGAAAUGGGGCCAGAGCGGUGGGGGGAAAUUAGGCCCGAAUGGGCAACAUGUAGUACAGGAGAAAUGCAAUCGCCCAUUGAUUUGUUGGAUGCCAGAGUGAAAGUUACCCCCAGAUCAGCGGAAAUUAACAGGUUAUAUAGACCCACUAGGGCAAUGCUUAGGAACAGAGGCCACGAUAUUGAGCUGGAGUGGGAAGAUGACAGCAGUCGAAUUCAAAUUAAUGGGACUGAAUAUAUCCUACGGCAAUCUCAUUGGCACUCUCCAUCAGAGCAUACAAUCAACGGAAAAAGGUAUGAUAUGGAGCUGCACAUGGUUCACCAGAGCAGAGACAAUCAGACUGCUGUUAUUGGACUUCUAUAUAAAAUUGGCAAGCCUAAUCAUUUCCUUUCAAAGUUGAUGAACAAAAUAAGAUUAAUAUCGGAGACAACAUUGGAGCUAGAUGUUGGUAUAAUAAACCCAUCAAGGAUCAAGAUGGGAGGGAGGAAGUAUUACAGAUACUUGGGCUCACUCACCACCCCUCCUUGUACUGAAGGUGUCAUUUGGACUCUCAACACCCAGAUUGGAACAGUGUCGGAAGAACAAGUAUCUUUGUUGCGGGAGGCCGUUCACGAUCACGCAGAGGAAAAUGCGAGACCAUUGCAGCGAACUAACGGAAGGAAUAUGCGCCUCUAUGCCCAUAUGAUCAAGAAUCGUCAAGAAUAAAUCACACCUAUAACAAUUAACAGGAACUAUCACAUAAUAAAGACGAGUAAAUAUAACUAGACGUACCCAAUUCUUGAUUUCUUUCACACAUGUUAUUCGAAUAGUCCGAGUAUUCAUUAUACACAUUGCUGUUUUUUUAUUAUUUAAGACCAAUACAGAUUUUGCAUUGUACUUUCAGAUACUUUUUUUUACCAGAGCAGAUUUAUACGAAUUUACAAUUCACACUA